UGUCAUUUGAAAUCGCCGCUGAAAUCAUUUCAUUUGACCAUGCUUCGGGUAAAUUAUUCAGUUUUAGAAUAUUUAUUGGUAUCAGAAAGUUAUAAGACUGCAUUAUUAGAAUAACUAUGCCGUAGUUACUGAUCUCAAUAAUUGAUCUCCGAAAAUCUGUCCAAUCUUCCGACAUGUGAUCAAGCUGAUCAAAGCGUAUGCGCGUCGGCUGUGCGCGUCUGAGUUCACCACGGCGGGGGAUGGCUCCCACAGCCUGGCGCCGACUAGGGGAGACGGGUCGCUGGGUCGGCGCCGUGUCGCCGGUGAGGAUGGGCUCCAGUACCCCUCGCCGACGGCAUCCUCCUCCUCAUCGUCAUCGUUCCGCUACGACACCCCAGCAUCCCGCUCUACGGCAUCAACAGCCAGAUCUGAGUGUUUGGCGAGCGAGACCGACAUCCAGCGCUGGGUACGCACCGUGUCUCGGACCACUCAGUACCUGGCAUCGAAAACCUCCGCAGUGGCCCUACCGGCCGGAGCCACGGGCCUGGAAAAUCUGGGGAAUACCUGCUAUAUGAAUGCCGUGUUACAGGUGCUUGCACAAACACAGGAUUUGGUUAACUAUAUGGUGAGUGAGUUUUUCUACGAAGAUUUGAAUCAAAAUUCAAUAAAUCAAGGUCAAAUAGCGAAGGAAAUCGCUCAAUUAUUGGGUGUUAUCUGGUCGCGAAAGUUUCGAUAUGUGUCGCCUCACCGUUUCCGUAAUGCAGUUAGCGCACGCCGAAGGGACUUCGGCGGCAUGCGCAUGCACGACGCUCACGAGUUUAUCAUAUUACUGUUGGAGUGGCUGCACGACGACCUGAACAUUGCGGCCGCGGCUGGAGCGCCGCCUCAGAGACCGUCCGCCGACAACCUGCCCGACCACGAGGCGGGCGAGGCUGUGUGGCGCCAGUUCCGGCGCGCCAACGACUCGAUCGUGACGCGCCUGUUCCACGGCCUGCAGAAGUCGACUCUGCUCUGCACUGCCUGCGGCUUCGAGUCGGCCACGUUCGAGACGUUCUCGCUGCUGUCGCUGCCGCUGCCGCUGCCGUCCGCCGGCAGGGCCAGUCUGUACCACUGCCUGGACCAGUACGUGCGAGGAGACCUCACCAACGACUGGAGCUGCCCCAAGUGCCGGCGCCGCCACGACGUCUACAAGAAGCUCGACCUGUGGCGACUGCCGCCCGUCGUCAUCCUGCACCUGAAGCGGUUCAGCUUCGCCGGCAGCACGGCGCGCAAGGCGCACGCCCAGGUGUCGUUUCCGCUGCGUGACCUUGACCUCAGUCAGCUGGCGAUCGGGCCGCACCCGGACUCGCACAGUCUGGUGUACGACCUGUACGGCGUGGUGGAGCACCACGGCAGCCAGCACAGCGGCCACUACACGGCCUACUGCUUCAACCACCCCGCCGCCAGCUGGCUCUUCAUCGACGAUACCGUGGUGAAAGAGAGCUCCGCUGCGAGUGUGCGCGACGCCACCGCCUACCUGUUGUGCUACAGCGCCAGGGAGGUGGCGUAGAGGGGGACGCCACCACCUACUUGCUGCGCUACAGUGCCCGCGAGGUGUUGUAUGUAGAAAAGACGCCAACGCCUACCUCUGCUUCAGCGCCCGAGAGGUUGUGUAGAGAGAUGCUACAGACUCUCCCCAAAGCUAUAGUGCCCGAAAGAUGGUGUAAAAGGGCAUCAUCUACCUGCUCUGUUACAGCGCCAGUGGAGUGGCGUGGGGAGGUGUCAUCGCCUACCUUCCAUGAUACAGCGCCCGCGAGGUGAUGCUGGUAGUUUGUUCCCAUGCUCAACAGCGAAGCCUGGGGCGUGCCACUUUUGAUUUGGGUUAACGGUUGCUUUAUUUUGUAGCUUAGUUUUGGUAUAGUUAUCAAUGCAAUAAUUUACGAUUUGUUUUUGCCUUUAGCUAGAAUAUAACAACAAUGCAA